AGGUUGUCACUCGCAGCAGCGCUAUUGUGCGGCCUGCCCCACGUGGAGUCUUUUGCACUUGGCGACGCCCACGUUGACAAUACCAGUUUCGGCGAUGGCCAUGAACCGGGGGCCGGGACGUCACACACUGAGCAAGGCGGAGAGCACGGCGGUGGCAGCGGCUGUGAACGCCAUCCUCUUCCGGUGUCAAUUGCAGAGGGGCGAGGGGAGGAUGAGAGCGGCCAUUCACGCAUGGUGGAAGAGGACACUGCAAUCCACGAAUGUGGAGGGAGAGGACAGUGGUGCCAUUUGUGAUGCCGUGCUGCAGGUGUGCUCCGCCAUGGGGUGUGGAACAUUCCCCAGAGCGACGCCAAGGUGGUGGAUGAAGCGACGGACAGGCGGGACGUGGGAGGAUCUUCGGCAAUGCGACGACAUGACGGUGGACUACUUCAAGGACAAGUUGCGCAUGUCACCACGUAUGUUCCGAGAGAUCACAAAAGCUUUGUCUCCCUUCCUUGAGCAUGUCACUUUCUAUAGGGAGCCCCUCCAACCUGACCACAUUGUCGCGUACGCUUUGUACAUGUGGGCGUCGGGGGAGACGUACGAGAGCGGGACAUGCAACCUUGGCAUUGGCAGAUCUUCCGGGUUGGUGGCUAUGCGGGAUGUAACUGCGAGGUACACCAAAGUGGGUGGCGGCGGACGUUGUUUUCCAUGUUGGAAGGGCGUAAUGGAGGGCUGCGAUGGCGAUGGCCCUGCUGUGCUGUCGACGACGGAGAAGACGGCUGUUGUGGUGGCUGCGUUUGCUGUCGUCCGUCGUUUCCAAGUGGAAAGUGCGGCCGGGCGCAUGAAGGCAGCGCUUUCGAGGCGGCGGCAGAGGCUUCUUCUGCAGAGGGUGUUGGACGCCCCGGACUGCGUCACCACAUCCGAGGCCAUGGUACAACUGUGCGCUGCAAUCGGGUGCGGUUUGCUUCCUCGGGCGACGCCACUUUGGUGGAUGAGGCGGAGAGCUGGCGGGACUUGGGAGGAUUUGCGGGUGUACGAUGAUGCGACAGACGACUACUUCCGGAAAAAGCUCCGUAUGUCGAGGAGACUGUUCAUGGAGAUCAGCGAAGCCUGUUCGCCUCAUGUGCAGCGGCAGGUGACGUUUUACAGGGAGCCACUCCAGCCGGACCAGAUCGUCGUGUACGCGCUGUACAGGUGGGCUACAGGAGAGUCUUAUGAAAACAGCACAUCAUCCUUCGGCAUGGGCAGAACUUCUGGAGUUCGAGCCGUGCGCGACGUGACAGCCGCUAUGUUGAGGGUGUAUGGGGACAAGAUAUCGCGGCCGACGGGGGUGCGGAAACAUGUCGUGCUAUGGGUGUUUCUGGAGAACGGCUUUCCAAACUGCCAUGGCGCAGUUGACUGCACACACAUCUACGUGGACAAGCCGGCGAACACGCCGAGCGAGAACUACUUCGACCGCAAGCACCGUUUCUCCGUCAUUGCGCAGGUGGUGGUGGGCCUGGAUCUGCGCGUGCUUGACGUGUUCGUUGGAUAACCGGGGAGCUGCCACGACAUUAAGGUGAUCCAGCUGUCAAGUCUAUCGAGGCGCGCGGAAGAGGGAUUGCUGUUUCUUGGGCCGCCCGUCACGCUGCCGGGAGGGGUAAGGACGAACGGAUACAUCUUGGGCGACAUCAGGUAUCCUCCUUCUGAAUGGGUAGUCGUGCCAUAUGGAGGAAUCAAUCAGCACCCGGACG